GGAAUCAAAUUCUUAAAAGAUACUAAUUUAAUUUGUUUGCUGCUUAAUGGUAUCAUCCUAAUGAAGUCAAGAUCAACAUGACUAUAAAAUAUAUAUAGUUGUUUGGCUGUCAAAAAUAGCUUUCAGUGAGCAUAAAAACCAAGAGAUAUAAAGAAUACGAAACUGUUAAUUCCCAUAAAUAUCCUUGGCUGGUUUUAGGCAAUGACCCUCAUUUUCAAGUUGCUUGAAUGCUGGUGCUGAGGGUAUAUCUGUCAGCAAAGUAUUGAGCUGCAGAGCUCCAUUUAUUGUAGUACUAACUUCCUCACCAACAAGUAUAUAUGGCGCCAACCACAAACGCUCUGAUCAACAUAUCUUGUUGCUGCUGCACCUCUCUCUCUCUCUCUCUCCUGCAUCAGUGACACAAGAAGAAAGCCAUGGCUGGUAAGCAAGAUGUCGAGAGAGGUGAAGAGGAGAGUAGAGCUCCACUUCUUGCAGCUGCAAAUGAGGAUAGAUGCAUGGUCUAUCUCAGCACAUUUGUUGCAGUUUGUGGCUCUUACGCCUUCGGAUCUUGCGCAGGGUAUUCAUCGCCUACUCAGUUUGCUAUCAGACAAGAUGUCAACUUAUCCUUAGCUGAGUACUCAUUGUUUGGCUCCAUACUGACUUUUGGAGCGAUGAUUGGCGCAAUCACAAGCGGCAAAAUCGCAGAUUACAUAGGCCGUAAAGGGGCAAUGAUAGUAUCAAGUGGAUUCUGUGCAGCAGGGUGGCUUUCGAUUUACUUUGCCGAGAAUGCCCUGCUUCUCGACAUCGGGAGACUGGAAACUGGAUAUGGGAUGGGAGUUUUUUCUUAUGUGGUUCCGGUAUUCAUAGCUGAAAUCGCUCCCAAGGAUUUAAGAGGAGCUUUGACAACCAUAAAUCAGCUUAUGAUUUGUACUGGAGUAUCUGUAUCCUUCAUCAUAGGCACAUUGCUGACGUGGAGGACUCUAGCAUUAGUAGGCAUAGUUCCUUGUGCUGUUCUGCUUGUAGGUCUCAGCAUCAUCCCAGAGUCCCCUAGAUGGCUGGCAAAGCAAGGAAAACACAAGGAGUUUGAGGCGUCACUGCGUAGGCUUAGGGGAAAGGGUGCUGAUGUAUCAGCAGAGGCAGCCGAAAUUCAAGACUAUAUAGAGACAUUGGAGAGGCUUCCAAAAGCCAAACUGCUAGAUUUGUUUCAAAAGCGAUAUCUGAGCUCAGUCACGAUAGGAGUAGGACUAAUGGUCUGCCAACAGUUUGGAGGUAUCAAUGGAGUUUGUUUCUACACAAGUAGUAUCUUUGAGUCUGCAGGAUUCCCAGCUGAAGUUGGAACUAUAAUCUACGCGAUUCUUCAGGUGAUAGUGACUGCAUUAGGCGCUGCUUUCAUCGAUAGAGCAGGAAGAAAACCUCUUCUAGUAAUAUCAGGAUCAGGACUGGUCUUAGGAUGUCUGCUGACAGGGAGCUCAUUCUUUGUGAAGGAGUAUGGAAUAGCAGAAGGUGCAGCUCCAGCACUAGCUGUGAGUGGCAUAUUGGUUUACAUAGCGGCUUUCUCAGCUGGAAUGGGAGCAGUUCCAUGGGUGGUGAUGUCUGAGAUAUUCCCUAUAAACAUCAAAGGAGUUGCAGGAAGCCUUGCCACACUGGUGAACUGGUUUGGUGCUUGGGCUUGUUCCUACACUUUCAAUUUUCUCAUGAGCUGGAGCUCCUAUGGAACAUUCAUUCUUUAUGGAGGUGUGAAUGCACUUGCAAUAGUGUUUGUGAUUAAGGUAGUGCCUGAGACAAAGGGGAGAACUCUGGAGCAGAUUCAAGCAGCAAUCAACUCUUCAUAGAUCCUUUUCAUCUCAAUAUUUCUUCUUACAACAACAUUGCUGUCAGAAGCCAAUGAUGAUUCAAUAAACUGCAAACAUCUUCAUCGCUAAAUACAAGUCUCUGCUGUUACAAACAAGAGGGUUUUUCUUGGUUGAAACAUUGUUAUAUCAACAUUUUCAAACGUGAGAUGAAUGCUGAUACAGUGUCAUAAAACUCAUAACAACAUAUGUUUCCAACAAAAUCGAUAGAAUUAUGUUUACCAGUGACCAA